AUGGCUCAAGGAUACGCCGUCUUCAUUGGCCUCGUCGUCAUCGCCGCCCUGUGCGCGGCGUCAUGGUUCUUCGCCCCUAAGGGAGAAAACCAGGUUCUGUGGCGGUCAUCACUCAUCCUGUCCAUCGUGAGCUGCUACCUCAUGUGGGCUCUCACCUUCCUCGCCCAGCUCAACCCCCUGAUCAACCCGAGACGAAGCGACCUGCGAGAAUCGUUCCUCGAAUAG